AAAUUCGGUGGUUUUGUUUUUUCUCGUUUCCCCAAAAUUGCUGCUUUUGUAACAUUACAUUCGAAACAAAAACGUUUUACAGUUCAAAAUCCAACUGAUCUCAAAACUUACGUUUGAACUGUGUUUUCUUUUACAAAAAAAAAAAAACCAAUAAACACAGUGUGCCCCUCGUUGAAGGAAUCAAACAAAAGAUUAUUGCAAAAUUUCAUGAGCUUCCUGUUCUUGCUUCCCCACAUUUCUCGACUCCCAACUUCUGUGUCAUAAACAAUAUAAAUCAAAAGAAGCAGGAUCAAGAUUCUUGUGUUAAAAUAAAAGCUUCUUCUUUUUUUCCUUCAGUAGCAAUCUUCCUCUUGCUCCUCUCUCCGCCUUCAAUAAAAUAAAAGCUUUUUUCAUUCAGUUUUGUAGCUCUGUUUUGAAUAACAAUGGCAGUAAGUGUUCCUGUUCUUUGAUCCAGUCUUGCCUUUUCUUUUUCAAUAAAUACAAAACCUCUCUCUCUCUCUCUCUCUCUCUCUCUAGUUUUGAGUUUCUGCGUUGCUUGUUUGAAAGUGGGAGGUCUCUUUUGGUGGCGAAUGUGAUAAAGAUGGAAUCUUUAGUUAGAUUCUGCUCUGAUUUUUUGUGGCUUCUAGUAGUUACAUUUUUCUUAUAUUUAUCUUUUUCUUUGGUCCCUCUUACAUUGCGUGUUUCUUGCAAGAAAUAGCUGAAACUCUUUUGGUUAUGCAUAGAGGUUUAGCUUGAAGUGCCUUUUAUUUUAUUUUUCAGUUCUUUUACCCGUUUCUUGUUUGUUUGAAUUUUGUGUUGCAAGAUUCUUCAUAUCUGGUGAUAAAAUGCAUGUAAAUGUGGAAAUAAAGUUCUAGUUUUCUGGAUUUUGCUUCGUCUACGCUUGUUUGGUUGUACCUUUUGGGCUGCUAGUUUCCUGUAUUUACAGCUUUGUCUAGUUGUACAGUUCAUGCCUUCUUGGUUGUUUCCAUCUGCAUCCGUGCAAUUUAGGCCACAGAACAGAGAUCUUGGGAUGGUAAUGAGGGAAGUUGAUGAAGAUCUGGCUAUAUUUCUCGGGAUCCGAAAUGUUGAAAUGGAGAAAAAUGACCAUCUUCUAGUUGAGGAAUCUCAUCAGUUUGAUGAUGAGUUGAAAUGUGCAAAGACAUGUUUGGUUGGGGCUGAUGAUAAUUUCCUCAAUUUGGAGAUGGAAAUGAGGGAUCAUGAUUGGCUUUUCAAGCAACCGGAUACGUUGUUACUUCCUUCAUUGGAUGCAGACGUGCAGGUUUCUGCAGCAAGCCAGACUAAAGGCUCGAAAGGUGAAGGCGAAAUUCCUUGGAAAUCUGAGCUGGAUGUAGCAAUAACUGCUUCAGUCAUUGAAAGUUCAUCAACAUUAGCUAGUGUGGAGUGUUGCACCGCUGUGAGCAGAAGGCCUUCACCUUCAUCCUCAGCUCGUAGGGCUUCAACGCCUACUGGACGACCUUCUGCAAAAUCGAGGCCCUCUCGUGCUUCCACACCUACAUCAAGAGCUGCAUUGCUGCCUUCUUCUAAACCUGCUGCUGCUCAAGCAAGAUCUUCGACUCCAGUUAGGCCUACUUCUCGUUCGUCUACACCUGCCUCCAGACCUUCUAUACCCGUUGUUUCAAAGUCUGAAACGAGGUCUGCUACACCUACACGUAAACCAGUUACUCCAUCAACCACAUCUGCUUCGGAUAGAUCUUCAUCAGGGAAGAAAAUUGUCUCCACAGUAUUGAAAAGUUCGGUGCCCUCUCGUGGAGCUUCCCCAGUGGUGAAAUCUAGGCCGUCAAAACCUUCUGAUCUGCUCUCUUCGUCUCAAGACACUGAUCAAAAUAUGAAGGUGUCAUCAGCGCCUAAAAGGCCUGCUUCUGCAUCUAGAGGAAGAGUGAGCUCCCACUCGACUUCUUCAAACGAGAAGCCAAGGCAGAAAUCAUGCUCCCCUGCCAGAGUGCGCGCUCCUGUCAGCUCUGCUGCUCAUAGAACCGGGAGUAGCAAGGUGAUGUCAAGAAGUCGAGGAUACAGCAAUGGUGGGGAUGAUGUUAACCCUGUGGUGAUGGGGACGAAAAUGGUGGAUAGAGUCGUGAACAUGAGGAAACUGGCUCCACCUAAACAAGAUGAGUAUGCUUCUCAAGAGAAUUCUAGGAAAUCAUCACAGGAGAAUUCGGGUUUUGGCAGAUCACUCUCAAAGAAGUCGCUGGAGAUGGCUAUAAGGCACAUGGACAUUAGACGAAGCGUUCCAAACAAAUCACAAACAUCAGCAGCUUGUUCCGCCCGUGGCAUUCAAUCUGGUUGUGCUAAGAUCAGCACAUCUGCUGCUCCGGAAUCUCCUCAAACGUCCAACUCUGACAGUUGGAAAUCGAGCAGCUGCAGAAGCUCCUAUUUUCUCAAUGGGGCUGAGACGGAUGACUGAACUUGUUGAAGCGAAUUUGGGAGUGGAAGGGAAGGAAAAUAGGGUACUGAAAUAUUGCAUUUGGACAUGCUAUUUUUGAUGAUGAUCCCUUUGCAAUAUUUAAUGUUAUUACAGUACAUGCAAGUGUUUUUAUGAUUAAACUGUGUACGAAAAAAUUGAAGGAUUCUUAGUUCUCUUGCUUUAAAGUAUAAAUACAACUAGUUUCAGAUACCAAA